AAUAAAAAAAAAAAAGAGGCUAAUAAUUCCUGUGAAGAGGAGCCAAAGAGUUGCCGAAAUAGCCGGCGACGGAAUCCGAUCACAGUCAGAGGGAAGGAGGGUAAAAUGGGAAACCAGAAAUUAAAAUGGACGGGGGAAGAAGAGGAGGCGUUGCGCGCCGGAAUUGAAAGGCACGGCGCCGGUAAGUGGAAGAACAUUCUCCGUGAUCCCGACUUCUCCCAUCAGCUCAGCAACCGCUCCAACAUCGACCUCAAGGAUAAGUGGCGUAACUUGUGUGUUGCACCCGGUACUCAAUUCGUAAAGGAUAAGCCGAGGACGACGAAAGUCAAAGAAGAAGGCGUUACUCUCGCUUCUUCUGUUUCACCUACUGCUGCUACUCCACCUCCUCACGCUAACAACUCUUCUUCCUCCUCCCCAGCUACUACUUCCCUUCCACGCACUGCUUCUUCUGAGUUUACCGUUGAUAACUUUGUGGUGGAUAACAAGAACGCUCCCAGGUAUGACGCGAUGAUAUUUGAAGCUAUCUCUGAGUUAGCCGAUGCUAAUGGAUCUGAUGUCGGUUCCAUUUUUAGCUUCAUCGAGCCAAGGCAUGAAGUGCCGCCAACUUUUAGAAGAGUCCUAAGUUCAAGACUGAGGAGGCUUGCAGCUCAGGGAAAACUUUCAAAGGUUAGCAACUCAAAACCUUUACUGAACUUCUACAAGCUACCGGAUGGAUCAGAGACGAUAAGAACAACAACACCUACCCCAAAACUAAAGGAGACGAACGUAAAACCCCGGCAAUCAUACAAUCAACCCCCUUCAGUUUCACAACAGAUGAUCGAGGAAGCUGCAAUAACCGCCGCAUGUAAAGUUGUAGAGGCAGAGAAUAACAUGAACGUGGCCAAAGUAGCAGUGGAAGAGUUGGAGAAGACGACUAAGCUCGCAGAUGAAACCGAACUUGUGCUGGAGUUAGCUAAAGAGAUGCAUGAACAAUGUUGUCGUGGAGAGGCUGUGGUUUUGGCUUAAGUCUAUGGGGGGACAUAUAUCUUGGAGCUCAUAUGAGAGUGUCUCUUCAGACCAGAGUUGAAGACUUUCCUUAGUUGGUUUAGUUGUGUUGAUAUAUAUACAUAAGGAGAAAAGAAAGAAGUCCAAUUAACGAGGCGGUGACUCUGGUUUUGUGAGUAGUUUCAGAGGCGUCUCUUUACAUCAACAUAUACUAUCAGUGACAGUGAGAGAGAUUGCUUUCUUAUGGAUUCUUAUUUUUGAAUUGAGUUUACUACCAUA